AUUCAGCCCUCUGCCUUCUCCUCAGGGCUCUCCCUCAUUCAGUCCACUCAUCCCACUAACAGGGGGGAUUAUUUUUUACCUGCAUUUGAAUGUGUCCUCUUCUGUUUUCCCCCUUUCUGUGUAUUACCUGGUUGGAGGUAUCUCGUGCAGAGCAGCGUUGGACCAAGCGGGAGCUCCAUCACUGAGCUGAAGAGGGAGCAGACAGGAGCAUUUGGGAGAGCAGCGGGAAGAAGGAACCAUGGGUGUGCAACAGGCAGAUGUGGAAAAGUUCCUCCAAGGGAACCCAAGCUUUGCUAAGCAGUACUUUGCCAAGAAGAUGGGCCCUGCCCCCAUAGCGAAGGUGUCAGGACUCCCAGAAAAACAGAUCGACUUCAGCCAGUUCCAGGAGCUGGGUCAGUUUGAAGAAAGCCAAAUCAUGUACGACCUGAUCAAAGACAUGCAGGAGAACAUCAACAUGGAAAAAGUGGUCUUCAAGAUCCUGAAGAGGAUCGGCGCACUCAUCCACGCUGACCGGUGCAGCCUGUUCAUGUACCGGCAGCGGAACGGCAUCGGAGAGCUCGCCACAAGGCUCUUCAAUGUCAGCACAGAGGCAGAGCUGGACGACUGCGUGGUGCCGCCGGACUCUGAGAUCGUCUAUCCUAUGGACUUGGGAAUAGUCGGCCACGUGGCCCUGACCAAGAAGACUGUUAAUGUGAAAGAUGUUACAGAGAGCCAGCACUUCAGCUCAUUCGUCGAUGAACUCACAGAUUACAACACCCGAAACGUUCUGGCGACGCCCAUCCUCAAUGGCAAAGACUUGGUGGCUGUGAUCAUGGCUCUAAAUAAAACCACGGGACCACAUUUCACUGCUGAGGAUGAAGAUCUUUUCUUAAAGUAUCUGAAAAUUGCCUCUUUGAACUUGAAGAUCUUCCACCUGAGUUACCUCCACAACUGUGAGACGCGUAAAGGACAGCUGCUGCUGUGGUCUGCCAACAAGGUAUUUGAAGAGCUGACAGACAUUGAGCGACAGUUUCACAAAGCCUUGUACACAGUCCGAGCCUACCUCAACUGUGACCGCUACUCUGUCGGUUUGCUAGACAUGACAAAGGAGAAGGAGUUCUUUGAUAUUUGGCCAGUGUUGAUGGGAGAGCAGGCACCGUACGCCGGCCCCGUCACUCCCGAUGGCAGGGAAAUCAUUUUCUACAAAGUGAUUGAUUAUAUAUUGCAUGGCAAAGAAGACAUCAAGGUCAUACCCAACCCGACUCCAGAUCAUUGGGCCUUAAGUAGCGGCCUGCCCACCUAUGUUGCAGAGAGUGGUUUUAUUUGUAACAUUAUGAACGCAGCUGCCGAUGAGACGUUCGAGUUUCAGAGUGAGCCACUUGACAACAGUGGCUGGACCAUUAAAAAUGUUCUCUCGCUGCCGAUCGUCAACAAAAAAGAAGAGAUAGUGGGUGUGGCCACGUUUUACAACAGGAAAGAUGGAAAGCCGUUUGAUGAGCAGGAUGAGCAGCUCAUGGAAGCUUUGACCCAGUUCCUGGGCUGGUCCGUUUUGAACACGGACACUUACGACAAGAUGAACAAGCUGGAGAAUCGGAAAGACAUUGCACAAGACAUGGUGCUGUACCACGUCAAAUGUCGGGAUGACGAGAUUCAGAAUAUCCUGAACACCAGAGAGGUCUACGACUGUGAACCCAGAGAGUGUGAAGAGGACGAGCUCCUAGAUAUUCUGAAAAAAGAUCUACCUCCACUGAUCAAAAAGUUUGAGAUCUAUGAGUUCCGCUUUUCGGAUUUUAACUGCACAGAGAUGGACCUGGUGAGGUGCGGGAUCCAGAUGUACUAUGAGGUCGGGGUGGUCAAGAAGUUCCAGGUCCCUCAAGAGGUGCUGGUUCGGUUCAUGUACUCAGUCAGUAAAGGCUACAGAAGAAUCACCUACCACAACUGGCGUCAUGGCUUCAACGUGGGACAGACCAUGUUCACACUCUUAACGACGGGAAUGCUGAAGCGGUACUACACUGACUUGGAGGUAAUGGCCAUGAUAACUGCAGGCUUCCUCCACGAUAUUGAUCACAGAGGGACCAACAACUUGUACCAAGUCAAAUCUGGCAACCCUCUGGCCAAGCUGCACGGCUCCUCCAUCUUGGAACGACACCAUUUGGAGUUUGGAAAGUUCCUCUUGGCUGACGAGUCACUAAAUAUCUACCAGAACCUUCACAGGCGACAGGUAGACCAUGUGAUUCAUCUCAUGGACAUCGCCAUCAUUGCCACUGACCUGGCUCUUUAUUUCAAGAAAAGAACCAUGUUCCAGAAGAUCGUGGACCUUUCACACACAUAUGAGGAUGAAAAGAAGUGGGUCGACUUCAUGUCUCUAGAAACAACCAGAAAAGAAAUCGUCAUGGCUAUGAUGAUGACCGCAUGUGACUUGUCAGCUAUCACCAAGCCUUGGGAGGUGCAGAGCAAGGUUGCCUUGUCCGUAGCAGCAGAGUUUUGGGAGCAGGGCGACCUGGAGAGGACAGUACUGGAACAGCAACCUAUUCCCAUGAUGGACAGGAACAAGGCAGCGGAGCUUCCAAAGUUACAGUGUGGUUUCAUUGACUUUGUCUGCACGUUUGUCUACAAGGAGUUUUCUCGCUUCCACCCUCAAAUCCAGCCCAUGCUGGAUGGCAUCCUGAAUAACAGGAAGGAGUGGAAUGCUAAAAAAGAGGAGUAUGAGGCUAAGCUCAAAGCCUUAGAGGAAGAGAAGGCUGCUAAAGAGGCAGCUACAGCCAGUAAAGCUCCUGCAAACAACCCCAGUGGCGGAGGCUCAGGCUCCAAGACCUGCUCAGUGUGCUAAAAGGUCAAAAAGCCAUGCACACGAUGGGAGUGCACACUGACGGCUCAUGACCGUCUGACUUCACCGGCCCAGUCAGUCAGUCUCACCGCCAAGGAAAAAAAUGCAAUAAGGUCAGGAAGACGGCUACAUGAGUGAAUGCACAGCCCCGUAGUAUUUCUUCAGAAAAACUGGUUCAGAUCAGAAAACACCUGCACAAGGAGAGAAUCCUCACUAAGAAGAGCAGUGACUUAUCUUUAAGCCAAAUAAUGAAUGUAAAACAAGGCAAGACAGCAACAAGUUGGAAAAACAAUACUAUUUCUACUUCAUGUUACAUUUAAGGCAAAGCUACCCACCCCUUUGUAUUUAAAUAAGGAUCAAGAGUCAAGUUGAUUUUUUUUUUAAAUCUUCAGAACUAGUUUCCUUGUAUUUUGAAGAUUUGUGUUAGUUCAGAUGGAAAGGUGUGUGUGAGUGUGUGCUUAUUUGUUGUGGGACAACCGUAUAUAAAUCCUUUCACAAUUUCAUUGAGGAGAUAAAAUGUGUACAUACAUCUGUGUAGUGAUACCCAAGUAAUUUCUUGCUGCUAAACCCAAGUCAUUGUAGACUGUAUAUUAUGUUUGGAGCUCUGUUUUCAAACAAACUUGACAUUGUACAUUAAUGUAACAUUCAAUAAGGAUUUCAGAAUGUAAAUGCAGAUAAUGGGUAGCUAGAACUACUACUGAACUAGUGUACAUAUAUUCCAAUACUUCAGAAUGGCAAUUUUAUGUUCACUCCUUCCAGUCACUUACCAUUUACAACUGAGAGUUUGUUUACCUUGAUUGCAGAGAGCCAAAUGUAGAUGACAAGCUCAAAACUGCUGCAGUAAGAGAUACAUGUUACAACCCUGAUUCCAAAAAAAAUGUUUGGACAGGGUGUAAAACACAACUAAAACAGGAGGUUAUUCUGAAUUUGAUGCAGCAACAUGUUUCAAACAAGUUGGGACAGGAGCAACAAAAGACUGGGAAAGUUGUGGAACGCUCCAGAAACACCUGUUUGGAACAUUCCACAGGUAAACAGGUUCAUCAGUAACAGGUGAUAGUAUCACGAUUGGGUAUGAAAUGGGCAUCCUGUUUUUCAUGUUUUACACAGCAUCCUGACUCUUUUGGAAUCUGGUUGUAUUUAAGGCUAUGGUUAUGGUUAGUAUGAAUAUUUAUGUGAUGGCAUAGAAGUGUAAUAUUGCUGUCUGCAGACAAGCCUGUAGUUGCUUCCUUUAUGAUGCCUUCAUACUGUACAUACAUCUGAGAGAGUAGCUGAGAAUGUUAUAUUUUAUGAAUAUACAACUGUCUUAUAAGAGCACAAUGAAAAACAGUUACUACUCUGGAAAUUAGUGGGUACCAGAUAAGAUUAACAUAUUAUUAUCAACUGAUUGACUGGACAUCAAGGGUAAUUGCAAUUUUUUUGAAGCAUUAUAUGGUAGCAGGAGCAGCCGUCUCCCUCCAACUGCUGCAGAAAGAUAUCACUUAUUAAUCCCUGAUGGGAAAUUCAUCCUCUGCAAUGGACCCAUCAUAAACAGGAGCAGGGGUCUGCCCUAGUGCACCACCCAAGGAGUCCAGUUCUGAGGCUAGUGUCUUGUUCAAGGGCGAUGAUAGGAGUAUUUAUAAUAGCUGACAAAGGCAUGUUUAAUGUGAGAGGAAUCGGGAAACACACAAACAUAGAAGUGGAGAACAGGAAGACUCCACAUACCAGCACUGUUAAACCACUAGUCCAAAAUGUAUCUGCAAUAACAAGUUCUGCAGACAGACAGAGAAGCUGUGUGAGGCAAAAGAACAACUUUUUGUAAUAAUGACUUGUACAUAUUUCCUUCCUCCCUGUAAAUAUAAAAAGAUAUUUUUCUAGUUGAAAUAUAGAUGCUUAUUUUUUAAAAUAGUGAAAUUAGUGUGAUUUAUAAGUACUGGCAAAUGAGUCAAGUAAUUUAUUAUUCCCUUAAAUGAUUGAGAUUGAUUUUUAUUAUGCUUGCCUCGAUUUAAUGAUGUACAAGUAUUCCACAUAUGGAAAGAAAGAGUGGGUGUAUCAGACAUGACCACGCACCAUUAGGUAAUACAUGUACUUUACUAUGCUGUGGAUAUACCAUUAACAUUUUUAAAUAGACUUAAUUUACUUUAUGGUCAGUAUUUUAAAGCUUGCCUCUUCACGUGCUCCAUGUGUACAACGAUGACCUAAAUAAAGCAAAUGUAUUUUUACGAGCUGAGUGAAUUGAUUGCCUUCGACUCCGAAACUUGCUAACACAGUAAAAUGACUGUGUAACUUGAUACUUACUGUCUGACAACUCACUAUUCACUGAUUAAGUACGUU